CAGCUGCAGUCACUAUGUCUCUCUUUCUCUGGGUCACUCUCUUACUCACACUAAUCCUUCCUUCAAGAAGAAAGCGAAUUAAUAACACCGACAACAAAAAGCCGACGACAUUCAAACAAACAAGCCCAGAAAUGUGGCCGGCAGCUCUCCCCCUGCUCCUCCUCCUCCUCCUCCCACUCGCGCUCACCUCUACCGCCCUCUCCCACUUCCACUCCUCCUCCUCUUCCUUCCCCACCGCUUCCUCCUCCCUCUACGACUGGAGCUCCGCACGCGCCACCUACUAUGCCGCCUCUGACCCCCGCGACAAGGUGGGCGGCGCGUGCGGCUACGGAGACCUCGAGAAGGCCGGGUACGGGCUGGCGACGGUGGGGCUGAGCGAGGCGCUGUUCGAGCGGGGCCAGAUCUGCGGCGCAUGCUUCGAGGUCCGGUGCGUGGAGGACACCCGAUGGUGCAUUCCGGGGACGUCGAUCAUCGUGACGGCGACCAACUUCUGCGCACCGAAUUACGGACUCAUGGCGGAGGGUGGGGGCCACUGCAACUCUCCGAACAAGCACUUGGUGUUGCCCAUCGAGGCCUUUGAGAAGAUCGCUGUUUGGAAGGCUGGCAAUAUGGCCGUCCAGUAUCGCAGGAUCAAGUGUAGAAAGGAAGGAGGAAUUCGUUUCACCAUAGAUGGUUCUAACAUCUUUAUAUCAGUACUCAUCAGCAAUGUUGCUGGUGCUGGAGACAUAGUUGCGGUGAAGGUCAAGGGUUCAAGAACCGGUUGGCUUCCAAUGGGACGGAAUUGGGGCCAAAACUGGCAUGUAAGUGCUGAUUUACUGAACCAACCUCUUUCUUUCGAGGUCACAAGCAGUGAUGGCCGCACAAUUACAUCUUACAAUGUUGCUCCCAAGGCUUGGAACUUUGGGCAGACCUUUGAAGGAAAGCAGUUUGAGUCUUAAAAGCACCAUUUGACGAAAUAGUGCAAGAUCGAAUAAAUUAAAGAAGAUCAAUGGCCAAAAUUAACAAGGGUGUGUAGGAAGUGAAAAUGAGUGUGAAUAGCACUAUCCUAUGUUUAUUCUACUUUCUUUCAGUAGGAAAAAUAUAGUUAAAUUGCAGAUGAUGUUGUACAGAGAUGUGUGUCGAAGCUUAACUAUCAAAAGGCCCCGGAAAGUAAACCGAGAUGCUUGAGGUAUAGGUUCCUUCCGGAUUAUGGUGUCAUGCUGAUGCUCAGGGCAUGCUAUAGAAUUAUUAUAGUUCAAUAAGUGUCGACUGGGUGUAAUGAUGCGAGACCAGCUAGGGACGGUGAUAGGGGAUUGGGCUAGAACUGCUCCGGUUGCUAGGGUAGCGGCUUGCGGGUCUCGGGAGAUGAAUUCAGUGGUCUGAUAGCGGCAGGGUGUGCAGGCAAGAGUAUAUUUUGCAGUAGUGAUAAAUUUCUUUGUUCUGCUUAUGGUCGAUUGAUCCAUGGUUCAAAUGUCUUGCGGAAUUUUCCUCUUCGGGUUUAAUCUAGUUUUGUUAGGCGUGUUUGCAA